AUGCACGUACUCGUUUUAUAGACUUCUAUAAUGUAGUUAUUGACGUAAACUCAAGUAUGUACGACGCUGACUAUUAUUGUAAAAGGGUGAUGAAAUAUCGGAAAACUAAAUUUUUGUAGCGAUUCUACAAGUUCGCAAUACGCAAUAGCAUGCAAAAACAAGGAUUUUGAAUGUGGUGUUAGUUUUUAAAGUUAGUGAAGUUUGGUGUUAGCGUAAAAUCAUGAGCGCACCGAUCAUUAUCACCGUGCCCAACUACGUGACGAUGGAGGACGAAGAUUCUGAUGUUGUGGACGUGGCUCCAGCCACGCCGUCCAGAAAACGAAGACUAGACCAUCUCACGUGGGAGGAGAAGAUGCAAAGAAAAAAACUGAAAAACCGCGUCGCGGCACAAACAUCUCGAGAUCGUAAAAAGGCAAAGAUGGAUGAGAUGGAGAGUAAAAUCAAUCACUUCAUGGCUAUCAAUGAGAGACUCGUGAAAGAGGUCAAAGAUUUGAAGGCGAUGAACGAGCGUCUGCUAAGCGAGAACACAUCACUGAAGACGGCGGCGCGGACCGUCGCGAAGGCCCCAGGACCAGCAGCGUCACCUCAGCAGAAGGAGGGGCCUUCGCCGGCGAUCCGCGCGGCACGUCUGCUUCUGACGAUGUGUCUAAUCUCGCAGACAUCCUCGCACACCUCGAGUCCGACGAAUACCUCGACACCUUGCAUCAGCUCGCUGACUCCCUUCUCAAAGAAAUUGAUGCAGGCGCUGCAGGAGCGAGUCAAGAUGAAUCGAACGGAGAAAGUAGAAAAUGUUCUGAAGGAGCUCAAGUGGUGGGGACCACAACAAAGCACAUGGAAUCCAGUGAAGGUGACAUCCUAGAGAAAGAGAUCAACAUUAAGCAUGAUGUCGACAGAAUAUCAGAGCACUCAUAUGCACAUCCCUACACUGAUGACGAAAAUGGUGACAAAGGAGACCUGUUCUAUGCCAGUUAUGAAGCCAAUGACUGUGUGACUGUAGAAGUGUCAGAUGAGGCGGAAGAAAUGGAGAUGGACUUAAAAUUGGCCAACUGUUCGGACAUUACCCUAGAGUGCGACAUGAAAUUACUUUCACCAAUGUGUCUAUCCCCUAAAUCCAUUGAAGAAAACCUAGGCCUAUCUCCCUCACACACUAUUCUCAGCUCGGACUUAGGGUAUGAGUCCCUAGCCUCACCCCUAAGUGAGACAGACCUAGAUUUGCCAGACUUGUCAGACUUUUGGUGCGAAUCGUUCUCAGAAUUGUUCCCUGCGUUGGCGUAGGCCUUAAUUCUGAACACCAAAGACUGACUAGAUAGUUAACGGUUAAGUUUAAUAUAUUUAUUAAGUUAUUUUAUACGUAGGGAUGUACUAUAAGUGCUGUAAAUAUAAUUUUCUGUCGUA